CGCAGCGAAACCCGGAAAGCGGAAGCCGCGCCGGCCGCACGGGGUCCGCGGAGCUGCUGUCGCCCCGCUCCGGCCGCUGAGUCACCACCGCCCGCGAGGACGCCCCGAGCUCCCCGGCGGCUGCCUCCGGGCCCGGGGCCGGGGCACCUGGCUCUCCAGCGGGCGCCGAGCCUGGGCCACCGCCGUGGGGCCCGGCGGCGGCGAGCCCAGCCUUUCUCCGCCCCCUCCGUCCCCCAUUCAUUCUUUGCUUAUUUUCGGGUCACUCCGCUGACCCCGUACGUCGGGCUUGGAGGACGCCGGGUCUGUAGCCACAGACCGUCCUCUCGGGCGCCGGGCGGAAGGCGGCCUCCGCGGUCUCCAUGGUAACGGCCCCGCCGGCGUCGCCGCCUCGGGGGGAAGAUGCGGCCUGCGGGGCCCGCCGCCUGGCCCCCAGCCUCACGGCCCGGCCGGGGCCACUGAAGAGGACGGUCCCGGCCGCCCGCCUGCCCAGCAGCGGGCACCAGUGAGAUCCCCGCCUCCGGCCGGGGGACAGAUGGCCUCCGGCGAGCGCGAUGCCAUAUCGUGGUACCAGAAGAAGAUUGGAGCCUAUGACCAGCAGAUAUGGGAGAAGUCGAUCGAACAGACUCAGAUUAAGGGCUUCAAAAACAAACCAAAAAAGAUGGGCCACAUAAAGGCAGACUUGAUUGACGUUGACUUAAUCCGAGGUUCAACAUUUGCCAAAGCCAAACCUGAAAUUCCGUGGACAUCUCUGACGCGGAAGGGGCUCGUUCGAGUGGUGUUUUUCCCGUUGUUCAGCAACUGGUGGAUUCAGGUUACCUCUUUAAAAAUCUUUGUUUGGCUGCUACUGCUUUACCUCAUGCAAGUGAUGGCACUUGUGUUGUUCCUGAUGAUGCCCAUUGUGAAUGUCAGCGAAGUGCUCGGACCCUUGUGCCUUAUGCUCCUCAUGGGAACCGUCCACUGUCAGAUCGUGUCGACGCAGAUCGCAAGGCCGUCGGGAAGCAAUGGGAGUCGGAGAAGAAGAAAAUUGCGAAAAACUGUGAAUGGUGACGGGAGCCGAGAAAAUGGAAAUAACUCCUCUGAUAAAGUCAGAGGAGUCGAAACUGUGGAACCCGGACCCUUCGCCAGUGGCUUUUGGGGGACUCUCUUUGGCAGCAGGACAAAACGAGGAAAAUUAACAUGCAACAAAGAGACUGAAACCAACAAGGACACCGGCUACCUGCGUCCCAUCAUUAAGAAGCGACAGGCUCGGCCCGAGGUUAAAACGUGGCCCGCAGCAGAGAAGGCGAAGUUUUCCGACGGGGAGCAGUGCCGCAGGGAGGCUUUCCGGCGCGUGGGGAACGGCGUGUCCGACGACCUGUCGAGUGAGGAAGACGGGGAGGCCCGGAACCAGAUGAUGAUCCUGCGCCGGAGCGUGGAGGGGGCCUCGAGCGACAACGGCUGCGACGUCAGGAGCAGGAAGUCGAUGCUCCCGAGGCACAUCAGCUCUCAGGUAACGAAAACCACCACCAAGUGGUGUCACUUUAUGCGGGAUUCCGACAGUCUGGCCGAGUCCGAGUUCGAAUCGGCAGCCUUCAGCCAGUGCUCUCGAUCUGGCAUGAGUGGCGGCUCUCGCAGCCUCCAUAUGUCGAGAAGAGACUCCGAGAGCACCCGCCACGACUCGGAGACCGAGGACAUGUUGUGGGACGACCUGCUGCACGGCCCGGAGUGCAGGUCCUCCGUCACCAGCGACAGUGAGGGGACAGCGCCCACCCUGCACUCGGGGACCAAACGUGACCCCAAAGAGGAUGUGUUUCAGCAGAACCACUUGUUCUGGCUUCAGAACUCAAGUCCCGCCUCUGACCGAGUCAGUGCCAUAAUCUGGGAGGGAAACGAGUGCAAGAAGAUGGACAUGUCUGUGCUGGAGAUCAGCGGCAUCAUCAUGAGCAGGGUCAACGCGUAUCAGCAGGGCGUGGGCUACCAGAUGCUGGGCAACGCCGUCACCGUGGGGCUGGCCUUCUUCCCUUUCCUGUAUCGCCUGUUCCACGCCAAGGGCCUGGACCAGCUCAAGUCCGUCUCGGCCGAGGAGCUCUUGACUCUGUUUUGUGGGGCUCCGCCUGUUACCCCUGUUGUUGUUUUGUCCGUGAUUAACUUUGUUGAACGGCUGUGUCUCACGUGGAUCUUUUUUUUCAUGAUGUGUGUGGCGGAGAGGACGUAUAAACAGAGAUUUCUGUUUGCAAAACUCUUCAGCCAUAUUACUUCCGCCAGGAAAGCUAGGAAAUACGAAAUACCUCACUUCCGACUGAAGAAGGUGGAGAACAUCAAGAUCUGGCUCUCGCUGCGCUCCUUCCUGAAGAGGCGGGGCCCGCAGCGAUCCGUGGACGUGGUUGUCUCUUCGGUCUUCUUACUGACACUUUCGAUUGCUUUCAUUUGUUGUGCCCAGGUUCUCCAAGGACAUAAAACUUUCCUGAAUGACGCUUAUAAUUGGGAGUUUUUGAUCUGGGAAACAGCUUUACUGCUUUUCUUACUGCGCCUGGCCUCACUGGGGUCUGAAACCAAUAAGAAAUACAGCAAUGUCUCCAUACUGCUUACUGAACAGAUUAAUUUAUAUCUUAAGAUGGAAAAAAAACCAACCAAGAAGGAACAGCUUACUCUAGUAAACAACGUAUUAAAACUGUCCACCAAGUUGUUGAAGGAGCUGGACACCCCCUUCCGCCUCUACGGCCUGACGAUGAAUCCCUUAAUCUUCAACAUCACACGCGUCGUCAUCCUGUCUGCCGUCUCGGGCGUUAUAAGUGAUCUCCUAGGAUUUAAUAUUCGACUGUGGAAAAUUAAGUCCUAAGCUGAGCCAGGCGCCUGGACGCGCUCCCCUUGCUGGCGACACGUACCCACUAAGGAAAGAGACGACGGAGGAGCCGUGAGAUGCCCACCGCCCGCGCUGCACGAGGCGGGUCCAGACGGCGUGCGCGCUCGGAACCUGCUCUCGGGGGCUCCGGCAGCCGGACAGCAAGGACCCUGCAGACUGUCCGGGAGCACCAGGGCCGCGCUCCAACUCAGGGCGUGUGUUCUGGACGUUUCCCGGAAAUGAUCUCCUGGGUAACUAUGGCGGGGACCCGGAGCGUGACGCCAACAUGCUUUAUUGGAAAUGGCAAAUUCAGCCCUUCCUAGUACGUGAACAGAAUUGGAGAUGUCAUUUCUCCGGCAGAGAGAUCCAACUAUUUUAGGUUGAACUCAAAUAAAAGAACUUUAUUGGAGAAUGUCA